GCUUCUGCUGAGUUGGCGGGUUUGGCCAUGGCCGCUGCCCGCCCUGCGCGGGGGCCGGAGCUCCUGCUGCUGGGGCUGCUGCUGCUGCUGCUGGGGGCCCCGGGCCGGGGGGCGGCCUGGAGCGGGAACGCGACCGGGCCUGGGCCGCGCGGCGCUGGCGGGAGCGCGAGGAGGAGCGCGGCGGCCACGGGCCCUCCUCCGCUGCUGAGCCGCUGCGGCCGGGCCGCGCACUGCGAGCCGCUGCGCUACAACGUGUGCCUGGGCUCGGCGCUGCCUUACGGCGCCACCUCCACGCUGCUGGCCGGGGACUCCGACUCCCAGGAGGAAGCGCACGGCAAGCUGGUGCUCUGGUCCGGCCUCCGGAAUGCCCCCCGCUGCUGGGCAGUGAUCCAGCCUCUGCUGUGUGCCGUGUACAUGCCCAAGUGUGAGAAUGACCGGGUGGAGCUGCCCAGCCGCACCCUCUGCCAGGCCACCCGGGGCCCCUGCGCCAUCGUGGAGAGGGAGCGGGGCUGGCCGGACUUCCUGCGCUGCACCCCCGACCACUUUCCGGAAGGCUGCCCGAACGAGGUGCAGAACAUCAAGUUCAACAGCUCGGGCCAGUGUGAAGCGCCCUUGGUCCGGACCGACAACCCCAAGAGCUGGUACGAGGACGUGGAGGGCUGCGGGAUCCAGUGUCAGAACCCGCUCUUCACCGAGGCCGAACACCAGGACAUGCACAGCUACAUCGCCGCCUUCGGCGCCGUCACGGGCCUCUGCACGCUCUUCACCCUGGCCACAUUUGUGGCUGACUGGCGGAAUUCGAAUCGCUACCCUGCUGUCAUCCUCUUCUACGUCAACGCAUGUUUCUUCGUGGGCAGCAUCGGCUGGCUGGCCCAGUUCAUGGACGGGGCCCGCCGGGAGAUCGUUUGCCGGGCAGAUGGCACCAUGAGGCUGGGGGAGCCCACCUCCAAUGAGACCCUGUCCUGCGUCAUCAUCUUUGUCAUCGUGUACUAUGCCCUGAUGGCUGGCGUGGUCUGGUUUGUGGUCCUCACUUACGCCUGGCACGCCUCCUUCAAAGCGCUGGGCACCACCUACCAGCCUCUCUCGGGCAAGACCUCCUACUUCCACCUGCUGACAUGGUCCCUGCCCUUCGUCCUCACCGUGGCCAUCCUUGCUGUGGCCCAGGUGGACGGGGACUCUGUGAGCGGCAUCUGUUUUGUGGGCUACAAGAACUACCGAUACCGUGCCGGCUUCGUGCUGGCCCCCAUCGGCCUGGUGCUGAUCGUGGGAGGCUACUUCCUCAUCCGAGGAGUCAUGACUUUGUUCUCCAUCAAGAGCAACCACCCCGGGCUGCUGAGCGAGAAGGCAGCGAGCAAGAUCAACGAGACCAUGCUGCGCCUGGGCAUUUUCGGCUUCCUGGCUUUUGGCUUCGUACUCAUUACCUUCAGCUGCCACUUCUACGACUUCUUCAACCAGGCUGAGUGGGAGCGCAGCUUCCGGGACUACGUGCUGUGCCAGGCCAAUGUGACCAUCGGGCUGCCCACCAAGAAGCCCAUCCCCGACUGUGAGAUCAAGAAUCGCCCCAGCCUGCUGGUGGAGAAGAUCAACCUGUUUGCCAUGUUCGGAACUGGCAUUUCCAUGAGCACCUGGGUGUGGACCAAGGCCACCCUGCUCAUCUGGAGGCGCACCUGGUGCAGGCUGACGGGGCAGAGCGAUGACGAGCCCAAGAGGAUCAAGAAGAGCAAGAUGAUCGCCAAGGCCUUCUCCAAGCGCCGCGAGCUGCUGCAGAACCCGGGCCAGGAGCUCUCUUUCAGCAUGCACACCGUCUCCCAUGACGGGCCCGUGGCUGGCUUGGCCUUCGACCUCAAUGAGCCCUCCGCCGAUGUCUCCUCCGCCUGGGCCCAGCACGUCACCAAAAUGGUGGCCCGGAGAGGAGCCAUUCUGCCCCAGGAUGUGUCUGUCACGCCCGUGGCGACGCCAGUGCCCCCGGAGGAACACGCCAACCUGUGGCUGGUGGAGGCCGAGAUCUCCCCGGAGCUGGAGAAGCGCAUGGGCCAGAAGAAGAAGCGGAGGAAGCGCAAGAAGGAGGUGUGCCCGCUGGGGCCGCCCCCGGAGCUGCACCGGCCCGCUCCCGCCCCUUCCAGCAGCGCCGUCCCGCGCCUGCCGCAGCUGCCCCGGCACAAGUGCCUGGUGGCUGCAGGUGCCUGGGGCACCGGGGAGCCCUCCCGACAGGGAGCCUGGACCCUGGUCUCCAGCCCCUUCUGCCCGGAGUCCAGUUUGCGGCAGGAUCCGUUCCUGCCCAGCGCGCCGGCCCCCACGACCUGGGCUCAGGGCCGCCGCCAGGGCCUGGGGCCCAUGCACUCCCGCACCAACCUCAUGGAGGCGGAGCUCAUGGACGCAGACUCUGAUUUCUGAGCCUGCGCAGCCGGACCUGGAGCAAGCACCAGCCGUGGCUCCUCUUCCUCCCUGAGAACCGUCCCCAGGGAGCGCCCUCCCGGGAGAGCUGUGUGUGUGUCUGGCUCGGAGCAGCAGGACUGUGGAAAAGAGCCUAUGACAUCCCCACAGGCAGGCCUCACCCCAGGGCAGGGCCCGGGGCACAGGGCAGGGGCUUGGGCCCCACUCAUGGUGCCUGGCACGCAGCGUCCAUCUCCCACGGGGUCACCAGGUGUGCAGAGCUUGUGGGAGGUGGCGCCUGGCAGGCAGCCCUGACAGUAGCUAGAGUUGGGGCUGUGGGGCUUGCGACUGGCAGGUGCAGGCUGGCGGCCCUUGUCUGUGCUAAUGAGUGUCCCCUCUGAGCUCUUGUGGCAGAGGUCAGGGCUGCCUUCCUUCUCCACGUGGUUGUGGGGCCGCGACCUCUGAACAGGUGGCGCCAAGCCCAAACCCCUCCUCCCAUCUCCAGCACCCUGGCGUGUCAGUAAGAGCAGGCCGGCCUCCCGAGGAUGGCUUCAGGGCGCGGAACUCUGUCUCCAGGUGCCACCUGGCUUCAGCCCUGGAGCCUCGGCCCGGCGUGGGGUGGAAGCAGCGAGGGGAGACAGCAUCUCCUGCUGGCGUCCAUCCAGCGGGGAUGGAGCCUUGGACUUGGGCAAGCUGCCGUGGCUUCAGGCCGGCAGGAAGGCUUCCCCCAGCUCUGCCCAACGUGGGCGGGGAGAGUCCUGUCCACGCAGCCUCCAGCUUGUCCCCAAGGCCCCACGCUGAAGAACCAGACAGCAGGAAGCCUUAGGAGCUGGCUGGGUUCCAGGUGAGGGGCACGGGGAGGGGAGAAGUAUAAACAGUAAAUAAAAGGUUUUUGUAUAAACU